UCUGAUAGAAGCGGCUGUCAUUAUACGUUCACAUCUCGGGCGCCCAGCAUCGGUUCAGCUGAGUGGACGCUCCUCUCAAGUAUUAUUAAAAUGUUCCCGCUGCUUCCUCAACCCGUAUUCAUAGUCUGCCGCUGCUGCUUGGAGGAGCAGCCGCCGCUCAGUCACAACUUCAGCGAGAACGAUCAACUCAAUGUCGAUCUGCUGUCGCUGGCACCCAACCUGAAAAUCCAAUCCAACGAUGUCAUAUGCGAUCCGUGCCUGCAACGUCUACGCGAUGCUCUUGAGUUCCGGCAAAGCUGCGAGGAAUCCGAGCGAAUUCUCCGUGACCGUCACGAACAGGCGCUGGACGAUGCGGUCGAGUUACUGAAGCGCGAAGUGGGCGAAACCGAAACGUUGCCAAUCUUAACGUAUGUGGAACCGGUGGAUUUUGGUAAUCUGGAUCUGUUUGAUGCCCUUGAACCCAGCUAUGAGCCAUCAUUGCCAGCGCUCACGUUGCAUUGCAACGAUAGAGGCACAUUGAACACACCUCUACAUUUGACCGCAACACUGGAGACGAUGGAGCCACCGCAAGCUUCCAAACUGAAGCGUAAGCGAGUAGAAACCUCACGUUCCCGCACCCCAAAAUCGCUGCGACCUUGCACGGAGUGCGAGAAGAAAUUCACACGUACCUUUCAGCUGAAGUUACACCUGAUGUCGGUGCAUGGUCUGGGCAACGGACUCCGCUAUCCGUGUGAAGUGUGCUCCAAGAGCUUUGCCUCACGUCACAGUCUGCGCUAUCAUGUCACAUCGCUGCACUCCACCGAACGUCCAUUUGCCUGUGAGCUCUGCGAUCGCCGGUUUGUGCUCCGCACUCAGUUGAACUCACACGCCCGGAUGCAUACGGGAGAGACGAAGCCGCGCAUCUUUAAGUGCAACAUAUGCGCAAAGACGUGGCCAACGAAGUCGGAUCUGCGCACUCAUAUGCGCAGCCAUGACCCGGAUAUGUCCAAACGACCCUUUAAGUGCGACAAAUGCGAGAAGGCAUUUUACACACGGGGUCAUCUCAGUUCGCAUAAUUUGGUCCACACGGGGGAGAAGCCUCAUACCUGCACUUACUGUAAAAAGUCCUAUCAAAGUGUGGGCAAUCUCAACAAUCAUAUAGUCCGACAGCACUCGAGUGAACUGGAGGAGCAGCGGGAACUUUGAACUCAGCCACAUCGAUUGACUUUAACAACUAUGGUAGAAUAUAACCUUGUAUUAAGUGCACUCAGAAAACUGUGAAAUUUGCGGCUUUAUUCAGAAAACAUUUUAAUCAAAACUCAAAAAACAAAACUAACAAAUUUAAAUGAAUUGCUAGAUUUUCCUUGAGUGUAUGUGAGAUGUGAGAUGAGCUGCAAGUAUUAUUAAAGCUGAACCAUUGCAUAACCCCCAAAAAUAAAUGUAUAUAGUA